GCGAAAACCAUGAACUUGCAAAAAUAUUUAAAAAUAAGUUAACAACGCCAUAGGCGGCAGAGAAUUAAUCGAAGGUAUUUUAGCAAGUUUUUCUGCAUUGUUUUGUAACGCACCCCAAGGCCUCCUCAAGGUUUCCUUUUGGCUUUACAUUCGAAGGUUCUGGCCUUGGUGUCAAAAUUGUCAUUGAUAUAAAGCCCUCUUCAAUAUAGUUAGCUGUAAAAGUUAUACGGUUUUAUAGAUUCCAUUUUCACUUAAAAGGGUCAAUGCGUGAUUGAAAAUGCGAAUAAUGGGAUCGGUAUUUAGGUAAACCCAAUGAACGUGGCACUCAUGGCAUUCAUUUUACCCUACUUAAUAACAUUAUUACCCACUUACCUUCUUGUUACUUUUCUUACGAAAUAAACCCAUUAGUUAUAUAAAUAUCUACUUACUUAGGAUCAGACCACCCUACUUAGGUAACACAUUCAUAUAAGUACUAUAUUUAUAAUCACACGCUCGCAUUGCAUUCAUCAUAAUUUUAAUUCCAUAGGUAUCGCUUGGUUUCUCAGUAAAAACUUUUGUUCACGUUUACAACUUCUCGAUUUGAAUUGACAGAUUACCCCGACUUUAUUAAAAAUAAUCACCUGUAAAACACAUGGAAAAUGGGACGGUUUCGCUGGCUUCAGAGGGUAUACUUUUAUGCAAAUUAGUAUUAUGGUAAUCGGCAAGUAUUAUUAUGUUAAAGUAACCACAUGUAUACAUGUUCGCGUAUACCCGUAGCCGUUGCACGUAGGUAUGUGUUUCCAUCGAUUGGUCAGGGGCGGCGUGGCUUACCGUCCGACCAUUAACCCAGUUGUGUGUCGCGACGCGGCCCGGCCGGGCACGCGAGCCGUCGCCGUCAGUCCAACACCAUGCAACUGCCCGAAACACCGCCGCCGCCGCUCGCUCCGCUGUGGGACCGCGUGCUGCGGGCGCGGGCCUUGCCGCCCGACCUUGAUGUGGAGCUGCUCUACGUGGCCAUCCGGGACCGCCUCACACACCCCGAGUGGGAAGUGCGUCUUCAUGCACUCCGAGUCUUAGCCGAUCUUCUGCCACUCUCCGGAAAUGCUCUGUCAUUCCCGUUUGAUCAGGUGGUCGACAACUUGGGACACAACUCACCUAAUGUUCGUAAAGCUGCACUCGAUGCUCUGAAAGUUUUCUGCACACAUUGCGAAGAUGUAGAAUGUGCGGCGCGGGCGAUUUUAGAUAAAUGUUCCUAUCACAACAUUAGACCUCACUCCGCCAACAUUGACACAAAAGUGAACGUUAUUACUGGUUUGAUAUUAUCAAUUCCCUCAGUCAUGGGCAUCCUUAAAAGAAGACACGCGCACCUAGAUAUGUUUCCAAUAUUUCAAGUUCUAGGAGAAAAACUAUUUGACCCUGUCCACAGAGACGUUGCACAGCGCUCUCUUCUAAAGCUGCGAAGAGCAUGUGGGCCACGUGAUUACAUGAUAUAUCUUUCUCGAUUAGAUCCUAAGAUACAAGAUAAGUUUAGACAUCUAUGUGAAACUUAUGAUGAGGAUUCUAUGGAUGUAUAUUACGCACCGCGGAAAUCUUCCUAUAGAAACAACAAUAACCAACCUUUAGUUAAAAUUAAUCAUGUGUUUAACAAUUCCCAUACUGGGCCUAUUCGGGUAUCAACAGACUCGUCUUCGGAAGAUUCUUUUGGAUCUAUACCUCUUUACAAUAACAAUUUUGCGAAAGUUAUUAUAGAAACUGAGAUAAAAUUUGAUUCUGACACAGCUAUAACAAUGACCGUUUUGGAAGAGAAUGAGACUGAAUCUGAUAAGAAUACUGGUAGUGAAGACGAUUAUGAUAGUUCGGACAGGAAUAUGUUGAAGUACAGUGAUGGUGACUCCGAGGAUACUGAUGUUGUGGUUAAAAAAGUGCGUUUUGGCGGCGAGAGUGUGAAAAUAAGGACACCUGAUAGCGACAACCUUUUAACAAGCGAGGAUGAUAACAUACAGGACAGUAAACCGAACCCGAACCAGUAUUUGAGAAAGGAUAAUUUCAAAGAAAUCACGUCUUCUGUAACCCCUGUCAUAGUAAACAGAAUGAACGAAAUAAGACGCGAGGCAUUAGAAAGAGAAUCUCAGAUGAAACAAGCAAAAAAGAGCGGUAUUCCGUUACCAGUUAUUCCAAAUAAAACGCAAACCCAAGUUCAAAUAGCGAAAUAUAAUGGGGUAAAAUUAAAGUCAAAAUCUUUGAGUGAGUUGUACGAUUACUUCAGAUUGAAGAACGAUGAGCAAGAUGGUAAAUCCCAAGAAAUUUCCGGACUUGCGUUGUCCUUGGGUGAAGUGCGUUCUCCGGAGAAAUCCGGACGAAGUUCUCGUAGCCCUGUGGAGCCUCACAAAGAAGUAGAGGUACUUCACAACUUACAGAGAAGUCCUUCUGUCUCACCGCGGCGUCAUCAAACAAGGGUUGAGUUGGAGCGCGACGGGUUCGUGUUAAGUCUUCUGGCAUCGUCACCACCAAAGGAGACCGACAUUUUAACUCCACGAACUCCAACUCCCCUUCGGGCGCACUACGACUGGGAAGAGCUGGGCGUUGUGCCGCAACACGUGUCUGAUCAGCUGCACAACACGGAGAACUGGAUAGCGGCAGUGAGGGCAGCAGACCAGCUCCACAGCACGUUACUGGAAACCAGCAGCGUGAGGAAGGUGGAGCCUGCGGCAUACUCCCUCGUGCAGCACAUGUGGGCUCUUAGCGACGAGGUCGCAGCAGCAAGAGCCCCGGCGGAGGGUGCAGUGUGUGCCCUAGUGCGGGGUGCAAGCAGCGACUGCGCCCGGCAACUCCUGCCCGCGCUGAUAUCGCGGAUGGCCAGGGAGCCCUUGCCUGCAGCCCUUCCACAUGCACUCUUACAGAGGCUGGCCCUGCACCACAUCGUCGACUUGAUAUUUGAUCCGAGUAUGAUCGGGGUAUCCGGAGAUACGGAGGAAAUUCAAAGUGCUCAGCUACGAGCCACGCUGUGCUUGGCGCGGGCAGCCGGCCCAGCCGCCGUGCUGUCCGCCGUCAGGAGGAGACUGGCCGGCACAGCAAGAGCCGAUGUCUUUUGUAAUAAGUUGAGGGAACGGUUGAGUCGACCUGUUGAAAACAUCAGACCCAGCCAUGUCACUAAGAGCUCUCAGUUACCAGUACCAGUUCGACGUCGUGCACGGUCUACCCCUCCCCCAGCCGCGCCACUUCCUCCAAGGAGAUUGAGGCCUCUACCAGAUUCGGCACCCUUACCUGGUGCAUCGCAGCCUGGUAGAGACUACAUUCUGAAGCGUCUGUCUCCGAUUCCUCUAAGUGACAGAGACUCGAGCGCGCUUACCAGCUACGACGAAGUAGAAGCGGAAAAGAAGUCUUUCAAAGACGAAACUGAUGCUAAAUUAAACAACGGCUCUAAAGAAGUGAAUUUUGCAGAAAACGAAGCGCAGAAUACUGUAUCAUCUCCUCCGCGCUCGCCCUCCAUCCAGGUGGAAGAUUAUUCUGAAAAAUCCAACCCUUCGCCACGUAGUGGAAGGUUGUCAUUAAAACCUGAACCAUCACCGCCCCCUGUAGCAGGAAGCGACGGGGCUUCUACUGGACAUGAAUCUCUUGAAUCUACCAGUACUGUUGUCGAGGUUUCUCCGGUAAGAAAGGCAGAAAGCGCUCGACCCUCGCCUACGCCGCCUAGGAGUAAGCCAGCUACUCCAGCACGGAGCAGAAAUCAGUCGCCGGAGCCCAUCAGCGACGCUUACGAGGAGCAGAAGCAGCCCAGCGAGCGGGACGUGCGCACCGCGCUCGCCGAGUGCAUCGUGCCGGCGCGACACGAGGACUGGGAGGUCAUCGUCAGCGGGCUCGCCGAGACCGAGCGCCUGGCCGCCGACCCCGCGGCCCGCGCGCCCGCCGCCAGCUGGCGCGGCGCCGCCCGCUCGGCCGCCACGCACGUGCGCUCCCUGCGCUCGCGGGUGGCGCGCGCCGCCUGCUGCACGCUGGGCGCGCUGUACGAGCACCGCGGACGAGCGCUUGAACCCGAGCUAGAAGAAGCGGCCAGCGCAUUGCUGGAACGAUGCGCCGACGUCAAUAGAUUUCUACGGGCUGACGCUGCGAGUGCGCUGGUGCGGCUGGCGUGCGGCGGCAGCGAGGUGCGGGCGGUGCUGGCGCUGACGCGGCGCGGCGCCGCCCACCGCGCGGGCCCUUUGCGCGCGGCCGCGGCGGCGGCCCUGGCGCGGCUGGUGCGCCACGCCGGGGCCGCGCGCACCCUCGCGCUGCCCUCCGAGCCGCGCGGGGCCCUGCUGCGCGCGGCGGGCGAGCUGCUCGCUGACGCCAACGCUGACACCAGGCUGCACGCACGGCAGCUCUGCCAGGCGCUGGGCGAGGACAUGCGCUUCAAACAGAUGCUCAAGGAGGCGAUGCCACCGUCUCGCUAUCGCGCCAUUGAAAAAUAUGUUGACAAGUUGCGUUACCGAUAGCAACUUUGAGAGGGAUAAGACAGCUUACACGUAUCCGUCCAAUAACAUUAAUGAAAUAACUUACCGAUCUGAAGUUACAAGUUCCUCCCAAAAUUCAAACUCCUUCAGAGGUUACGUGAAACAUGAAAUAAAAUAUGUGAAUCUGACUGAAAUAUGCGAAAGGUAUUUUUGUAGUAAAACUAAAUAAAUAUACUGACCUACUUACUAUGUGGCAAUGUAGGCACAUAAAGUUAAAUUGUUAUCCUCCAAUGGAGCGAACUUUAUUAUAAUAUAUGAACGGCUAUUAAUUUAUAAACUUUUAUU